UGGCCGUCUUGUAUUGAGGAAGUGCUUGUCAAAGUUUGUGAGUGUCAUUGCGGCUGAGCUCGCCGUCAUGGAAGCGAAUGGUGUUGCAUUGGAUACGCGGGAUUCGUUGGCUUAUCUUUAUGAAAUGUGAAGGCGAUAUCUUUUAGAAUGUACAAUGACAAAUCGAAAGGAAGUAUAUAUGAUCGUGGAAGUAGUGCCGAAAGGCGUUUGCGAUUCUAACCAACUUAAGCGCUGCGAGCAGGAUACUGUGGAAAUCAUGGUAUCUUUGGUGUUAGAGGAAGAGACAUUUAUGUCAACUUGGUCCAGAAAUGACUCAAUUGACGAUGGAUGUAAUCAUCGCUUCCUCAGAAAAAGCGAUGGGCAAAAAUUUGCAUUAAAGGGUGCCACCCGAAUAGUCAAAGGUUAGACCAAGUCACAUGUUCAAGCUUUUGUAGCCUUCUCCAGGACGUUUUAUCUGACGAUGAUCCCCACCAAUUGUACUGCAAUAUGCGCAUGAACGUCUUGAGCCAAGAACCACAUCGUCCAUUGUGCCCUCAUCCAAGAACAAUGCUGCAGUCGUCCUUUCCUAAUGAUCAUAAAUUUCACCAUCCAAAUUUUUAAGUCACAAGCUGCCAUUGUAGUGUAUCAAUUGAAAAUAGCCUCUCGAAUCAGCAAUUGCAGAAGUCUAAGGUUUGAAGCAUUAUAUAGCAAAACAAACAGGGAUGUCUCACGUAUUCUUAGAUGACAGACCGAUAGAAGAUAGACGAAGAACACGAGGAAACUUACCGUGUAUGAAAAUUUCAUUUC